AUGAGCGGUCCGGCUUGGCUGGUGCGCUCUGCGCCACUCCUUGGCAGGCAUGUGGUGGCGCAGCAGGACAUAGCUCGUGGCGAGGUGGUCAUGCCGCCCACCCGAGCCUGGGCUGCCGUGUCUGCUGCCAGCCACCGAUCCGCCGGCCCUUGGCCCGCAACCGACCACGCCGACAGCAGCCGCGGCCCGCUUCUUCAGCUCGCCACCGACCUCGCCCUCCCGCGACCCGACCACGCCACCACCGACACCGACACUGCUGCCGAUUGCCCCGCCCUUGGGUUCACCAAGCUGCAGGCCACGCUCGCCCGACUGCUGGUCCACGUCAUCGCCCUGAAGCUGCGCGAGCACCACGGACUUGACAGCGCCGGCGCUGCUGCCCGGGGCGUCGAAAGCGUCUCGUCCUCGGUCAGAGUGGAGUUCGCCGACUUUGCGGCGCUGGUGGCCAACGAGGAGGCCAUCCGCGAGAACGACCCCAAGCUCCACCGCAAGUUCGCGUCCGUCGCCAGCUACGUCAGCGCCGGGUUCCGGUCGCUCCAGAAGGAGCAGCAGAACACAGCAGCGAUUCCGGACCCGGACCUGGGCCAGUCGACCUGGUGGGAGCACGUACCGUCGUCCGAGGAGAUGGUGCAAUGGCUCUGCAAGAUUCAGUGCAACGCGUUCGAGAUGACGCACGACGGCGUUCGGUGCGGCGUGGCGGUGUACCCCGAUGUAGCGGUGUUCAACCACUCGUGCCAGGCUAACGCGGCGCUGAUCAGCGUCACUGAUGAUAAUGCUGAUGAAGAUGAUGAAGACGAAGAGCAAGGCGCCGACAACUGUCCGAAGGAGCUCCUAGGCGUCAAGCGCAUGGUGGCCCUGUGCGAUAUCGCAGAGGGCGACGAGAUCAACAUCUGCUACGUCCAUCCUAAGCUAUGGAAGAACUGGUUCUUUUGGUGCCAAUGCCCAUCGUGCACCGAUCCAUCAAACUACGAGGCGUACGCGAGCGCUAUGCCACGCGCCACCUUUGCCCGAGGAAGGGGUGUGGCGGUUACAGGCUCCCUGCAGACGCAGGUGCAGGUGAUGCGCCAGCUGACGCGAUGUCUGCGAGCGCUGGCGAAGGAGCAAGGUGGCUGA